AUGGUAUCUCGGAAUCCACUAUCUAUGAUACUUGAUCAGAAUAAAUUAACUAGACCUAACUAUUCUUACUGGCUAACAAAUUUAAAGAUUGUCCUGACAUUUAAAAAAAUUGCAUAUACACUUGAUAAGGCACCUCCAAAAGAGGCUCCUGUUAAUGCCACCGCUGAUAAGUUGGAAAAGCUUGAAAAAUGGCCAGACCAUAAUCUUCAAGCAAGAUGUUAUAUGUUGGCUUCAAUGUCAAAUGAAUUGCAAAGGCAGUUUGAGGAGACUGUGGAUGCUACUGAUAUUCACAAACACCUACAAGAGUUGUAUGGUACACAGACUUGUUCAGGUAGGCAUGCGAUUGUCAAGGAGCUCAUGGCGGCUCGUAUGCGAGAUGAGGCUUCGGUCCAUGAAUAUGGGGUCAAGAUGAUUGGGGUUAUUGAAAAGUUAUUGAACCUUGACUUAGUUAUUCCACACGAGCUAUCGACAGACAUCAUAUUGAUGCCUUUCCCCUCCUCAUUUGACAAUUUUGUAAUCAACUUCAAUAUGAAUAAGCUAGAGGGCUACCCUUGA